UCCCCCCUCCGUGUCUUUUCUGCACUCAGAUAUGCCCCUUGUGGUCCUUUUUUUCUAUAGUCUUGAGCCUCUGACGGGAGCUAAACGGAAGGAAGUGUAAAGGUUCUUCUUUAACUCAGAGGAUACAGUCCUUCCCUCUCUCUAGAAGCCCAAGUUAGCUUUUGCUCACGUCUGAAGCUUUUUGAUUUCGUUUCUCCAGACUUUACUCAGGACAAAUCUGGAGCGAUCCUCUCCCCAACCUCCUCUAGAGAUCGGGAACGGACCAAAGCGAAAGAACAGCUGGGCAGCACCAGGAAGGGAAUCGGGCCACAGGGGAGGAGUUCCCAGAAGGAAAGACCGAAAGUCCAUCCGGGAAGAGAUCGAAGUGGAAGAAAUGAAACCGUACUCUACGAAGGGGUGGUAGGAGGAACGAAUCCGAGAGGUGGAGAAAGAGAGGUAACGGCGCGGAAGGAGAAGGUUUGGACGGACAGACAGUAUGUGGAGAUCUCUAAGUCCAUCUGGGAGGGUUUGGGGCGGAGCCGGCCCUGAGAGGGAAGCUCACCUCUCCCUGGCUGGAGCCCCUGGAGGAGAGCAGGAGGUGUGGUGCCUGGAAUCUGGACAUGGUCCCCUCCCACCUCCGGGCAGUCAACAGCUGGAGGGUGAGUUGCCGCGAAGAGCCCGGCGGCGAACUGAGCUGCAGCAGUAUGAAAGCCGCUACCCAUCCCCUCAGCCUUUGGACCCGGGGCGAACAACAGCUGCAGCAGCCCCGUCUCGGCCUUCUCCGCCCAUGUAUGCAUCGUGGAGCGGCCGGCAGCGGGGCCGGCGUGGCGGCCUGGGACUGCCAGGGAGAGCCUGGCUUCUCAUUACAACCUGGCUCCUGGUGUUGUUCUCGGCGCUGGCCUUCUACUUCUCGUUGGGCCAGCUGCCUCAGCUGCCCUGGACAUACCUGCGGCCUUCGGCCCCGCCACGGCCUGUCACCGUCCUGAUGUGGUGGGAACCCUUCGGCGGACAGGGCAAAUCCAGUCCGGCCCCCGACUGCCAGCGCCUGUUUAAUCUGAACGGCUGCCUCCUGCUCACUGACAGGAGCGCUUACUGGGAAGCGCAUGCAGUUCUCUUCCAUCACCGAGACCUGGUGCGAACCCUGGACUGGCCCCCUCCACAGAGCGAGCUCGGAGACGGGCUGGACCCGGACACAGCAACAGUCGGAGCGGCGAGCAGCGGCCGGCCGGACAGGCCCCCUGGGCAACGCUGGAUAUGGAUGAACUUCGAGUCCCCUACCAAUUCCCCAAGACUGGAGAGCCUUGAUGGCAGCCUUUUCAACUGGACGCUGUCCUACCGGGCUGAUUCGGACAUCUUUGUGCCCUAUGGGUAUCUUUACCCCAGGAGCAAUCCGGAAGAGCAGCCUUCCGGGCUGAUCCCCUCGCUGGCCCGAAAGCAUAGGUUGGUGGCCUGGGUGGUCAGCCACUGGAACGAGGACCAGGCGCGGGUCAAGUACUACCGUGAGCUGAGCCAACAUGUGGAAGUGGACGUGUUUGGCCAAGGUGGUCCUGGACAGCCAGUGCCGGAACUUGGGCUUCUGCACACAGUGGCCCGCUAUAAAUUUUACCUGUCUUUCGAAAACUCUCAGCACUUAGACUACAUCACGGAAAAACUGUGGCGAAACGCCUUCCUGGCAGGGACCGUCCCGGUGGUGCUGGGGCCCAGCCGGGCCAAUUACGAGCGCUUUGUCCCUCGAAAUUCCUUUAUCCAUGUGGACGACUUCCCCCAUGCUGCUGCCCUAGCCACCUACCUCCGCUUUCUGGAUCGAAACCCGAACGAAUACAAGCGCUAUUUUGACUGGCGCCGGCGUUAUGCGGUGCAUACCCUGUCCUUUUGGGACGAGCCCUGGUGUCGGACCUGCCAGGCUUUACAGAGUGCUGGAGACCAGCAGAAGAAAAUUAACAACUUGGCUGCCUGGUUCCAAAGAUGAGAUUUCGCUGUGCCUUGGUCCGGGGAUUACCAUGUAUUUUGCAAAGAAUGUUGCAUAGAUGGUAAUCUGGGAACCACGCUAUUUGUAACAGGAAGAUUUAAAAGUUCCUAGAUCAGGUACUUGCUGCCCAGCUUCCACAACGGGUGUUUUACAAUGAAGCAAUCGAACUCUUCUAAAAUGGGUAAACGGGAAGAAAGAAAGGCGUCUUCCCACUCUACCAAACUGACUCUGUGACCUGCAUUGGGUAAGCAAUGCGGUUUGUUCCUUGAUCUUCAGCAGCCCCUAUUUCACAAGCCACCAACUUUCUCAGAGGUCACAGAAUGCCUUAUUCCAAUGAAAAUGCCACCUCUUCACUAGGUGUCUUAAAAGUUUCUAGCUGAGAAUCAGGACUGUGAAGCUCUUUCAUUUCAUGUUCUAUGAGUAUUGUUGGAGAAAUAAGUGUUUAUUUUGAGGAGAAGACAAUAGCUACUUGACAACUGAUUUCAAGUAUUUGAAAGGUUUACUUAAUAGAGAGGUUAAAUUUGUACUUAAUGACUCCACAGGGUUGAACAAGAUGCUGUGGGUAGAAGUUACCGAGACAAUGGGAAAAUGCCUAACAAUGAAUAUUCGAGCUAUACAGCACUGGAAUGGGCUACUUGAGAGACUGAGUUCUCCUUUCUUAGAGAGUCUUUCAGGAGGUCUUCAAGCAAAGGCUGAAUGGCUCUAUUGCAAAGGUCAUUUGUGUUGAACUUCUGAGAUCCUUUCCAGAGGAGGUAAGAUGACCUCCUGAAGAAGCUAUUAAGAGACCUAGCUAUCAACAAUUGCAUCCUUUCCUCCAAAUAGAGGAAAGCAAGAUAAGAUGAAGGAAAGAAGGGGAAAAAAAUACUUUUUAAAAGUUGUGUGUGAACUAAUUUAUAAGUUCACUAAAAAGUAUUUCAGUAUUUAAAGGAACUGUGGUGAAUAUCCCUUUACAAUGCGAAAAAUGACCUGUUUUUUGUAAAUUCAGAUUUUUUUUCCACCUAUAUAUUGAAAGCCGAGUAGAGGAAAAAUUGUGAAACAAGACCUUUUCCUCUGAAUUAGAAAGAAAGAAAUCGGCUUGACAAACUCUGUAUAUUUCAUGUUUUCAUAUAUUUAAAUUCUAGAAUUUCACUGUUAUGGUGCUUGCCAUGUUUUUCUUAAAGAAUCACAAACACAAGAUAACAUCACAGCUAGCAUUUUAGCAUUUGGGAAGUGCUUUACAUACAUGACCCCAUUUGAUUAUAGGCAAUUAAGAAAUAAUGUAGAAAAGGGGGGAAAAAGAUUUUGUUUGCUACAAUGAAACUUUUUUAUAUUUUUGUAUGUUUUUUAUUUGUAAUUAUCUAAGUGUACAGUUUCCCCAUGUGUUUGUUUGAAAAAGUUCAUUAACCCAGGUUACUCGGUGCCUAGUCAUUUACUGCUCCAUUUUGCUGCUAAACCUUUUAUUGGAAUAAGAUCUUGUUAACUAGUUAAUAAGUGGGCUUGAGCUUAUCUUUGGCAUUAAAAAUAUACUAGAGCCUACUAUAAUAUUGCCUUAUGAGCCUUUAUCAUAGGAAUUUACCCUAUUAAAUAAAAAUUUUUCUAAAAGAAUUAACAUUCAUUCAAUAAAUGUACUGAGUAGUUUGCUCUCUAUAGAAGUUAUGGGACGAGUGGCAGGAAAGAAAUAUAAAGAUGUAUGAGGACUCUUCCAUCCCAGAAUAUAUAGUUUAUAUGAAUCUUAAAGGAAAUAGUGUACUUCAACUAAAAUUAGUGCACUUCAGCUAAAGUAGACUGAGCUAUCUUGCAGAGUAUUAGAAGAUUUAAGACAAUUGAUUUCCAGUCUGCUUUCUAUAACUCUUUGUUUCUUCUCUCACCAAUGGCUUAUUUUGGAAGGGUUCCAGGAUGAACUAGACUUAUAUAUUCUAUUUGUUCCAGAUUAGUUAGUUUUAUUUGUUCCAGACAAGUUUAUAUUUUAGUGCCUUCUUUCCUACUACCUUUUUCCUUAAAAAAAAAAAAAAAAAAAAUCAACAAAUAGGGAUGUUCAUUUUGAAAAACUGAGAUCUAGGGACAAAAUGUUCUCUACAAAGUAUUUUAAAACGUAGGUGGCAAUUGACUUACAAGUAGUUUGGGAAUGGAUAGGAUGAUCAGCCUGAUACCCAGCUCCCAAUGAGGAGAGUUUCUGAAAGGAAAACUC